CUACAACCAUAUUCAAUUUUGUGAGAGAAAAGGAAUGGAAAUGGAAAGAGACAUGAAGAGUGUGAUGAGAUAUUGGAUGGAGGGAGAGAUUAGCAACUUCAUACAGACAUUGAUGACAGUACACCUAUCUCUCUGCUACACCUAUUUUGCAGCCAAGCUGAUCCCAAAGGGUGCAAAAAGGCUCUUCUCUCUCCUCCCUGUUGUUUAUCUCUUCUUCCUCAUCCCUCUCAACCUCCACUCUGCUCAUCUUGGAGGCACCACUGCUUUCUUCCUGGCUUGGCUUGCCAAUUUCAAGCUCCUCUUGCUUGCUUUUGGCCAUGGCCCUCUCUCUCACCCUUCUAUCUCUCUCCCUCGUUUUCUUGCCCUUGCUUGCCUCCCCAUCAAUGUCCAAAACACACCUCAUCACCCUCAAAAUGGACAUUUUCAAGAAAGCCCAGACACAAAAUCAGGUCUUUAUCCUCAAAAUGGACAUUUUCAAGAAAGCCCAGACACAAAAUCAGGUCUUUAUCCUCAAAAUGGACAUUUUCAAGAAAACCCAGACACAAAAUCCUUGGAAAAAUCUGGUCUUUAUCCUCAAAAUGGACAUUUUCAAGAAAACCCAAACACAAAAUCUUUGAAAAAAUCUAGUCUUUAUCCUCAAAAUGAGCAUUUUCAAGAAAACCCAGGCACAAAAUCCUUGGAAAAAUCUGGUCUUUAUCCUCAAAAUGGGCAUUUUCAAGAAAACCCAGACACAAAAUCCUUGAAAAAAUCUGGUCUUUAUCAUCAAAAUGGACAUUUUCAAGAAAACCCAGACACAAAAUCCUUGGAAAAAUCUGAUCUUCAUCCUCAAAAUGGGAGUUUCAAAGAAAACUCAUAUCCCAAACCCACCAAAAAUAAUGAUCAGACUAGGGAUUUUCAAGGAAACCCAAACCCAAAAAAAGGUGAUAUGUAUCCUCAAAAUGGGAAUUUCACAGAAAACCCAUACCCAAAAUCCACCAAAAAUGGUCAGAAAAGGGGGUUUCAAGAAACCCCAAACCCAAAAUCAAGUGAAACUGGGAAGAUUGCAUCUCAGAAGAAUGGUCAUUUUGUUGAAGCUUCAAAAAGCCUAGAGAAAUUUGUGACUUAUGCCACAAAGCCAUUUCUGAUGAGCUUGAUGAUCAUUGGGUAUUCUUACAGUGAACAUAUGCACCCUACAAUCAUACUGUUCAUAAAUUUCAUCCACAUAUACUUCUACCUGGAGAUCAUACAAGCCCUCAUGGCCGCCAUGACACGAGGCCUUCUCGGGCUAGAACUCGAGCCGCAAUUUAAGGAGCCAUAUUUCUCAAGCUCCCUGCAAAACUUCUGGGGAGGGAGAUGGAACCUGAUGGUGAACCGCAUCCUGCGCCCCACCGUCUACACCCCCGUCCUCCGCCUCUCCACCAGGCUCCUCGGCCGGAGAUGGGCGGCGUUCCCCGCCGUCAUGUCCACGUUCGCCGUCUCCGGCCUCAUGCACGAGCUCAUGUUCUACUAUCUGGGCAGGGUGAAGCCCACCUGGGAGAUCACCUGCUUCUUCCUCCUCCACGGCGCGUGUCUGGCCCUCGAGAUCGCCGCCAAGAAGGCGCUCAACGGCCGGUUUCAGCCGCCGAGGAUCCUCGCGGCGGCGUUCUCCGUCGGCUUCGUUUUGAUCACUGGGUUUUGGCUCUUCUUCCCGCAGCUGCUGCGGUGUCGGGCAUUGCCCAAAGCGUUUGCGGAGUAUGAUAAGUUCAACUCGUUUCUCAGGGAUGUUGGAGGGGCGUUGACGUCAGCAUUUCAAGUUUGAUUAUCAGACGAACGAAUAAAAUAAAUAGUUACAAUUCCGUAUCAAAUCUCUGUAAUUACUUUGAGCAAGUGAAAAAAGAUGAUCUCUCACAUUAAAAAUUUUAA